AUGAAGGGCACUUCUCGUGCCUGUCGCCGGCUGCUGGCCGUUGCCCGGAAGCCCUUCGGCCGCGUCCGAACCCCCGGCGGCCCCUUCAAGCCCAUCUCCCAGGGCUUUGCUUCCUUCUUUGAGUCGCUCCUCACGUCAAUGGCUGUUGUCAAUGCCGACGCCAUGGGUACCCUUGCCCACAUUGAUAUCGCCGGUUGCGAUGCUGCCUACAUCGCUCAUCACAUCAAGGACGUCGCUCCGGCCGACAAGGUCCAAGUUCAAGUUGUUAAGGAAGCGAACACAAUCACUUCAAGCACGGACGCUACUGUCGCAGCCGAGUCUGAUCUAAAUCCCCACACGGUUCUGGAGAUCCCUACUCUCCAGGAAGAAGAGACUCCUGCCGUCGCUGGUGAUCCUGUUGUUGAUGAGGUCACUGAAUGCGCCACUGUUACCGGCGACAUCCCGGUCGAAGACAUUGAAGAGACCAUGACUGGCGCUGAGAACACUGUCUCAAUUUCCACUCCUGUUGAGAACCUGCUUGACAACAACACUUCGGUCUCGGAUGAAUCUCCCGCGACCGCCAUCGACAUCCUGGAGGUCGCCUCUGAUAAUGCCGCUCUUAUUUUGGCUGCUGAGAACGAGGUUCUUGAAGAAGCUGCAGCUUUCACCCCUGUUGCAGAGUCUGUCAUCAACGACACCACUCUUGCUGAUGAAGUUGUUGCGACUCCCAUCGAUAUCACAGAGAUCGCAUCCCAUAACGAACUUGCGUCUGCUGAUUAUGACGACCAUGUGGAGGGAGAAGUUUCCCUUUUCACGCCGUCCGAAUCCGUCGCCAAGGGCACUUCGGCCGUUGCCAGUGACAUUGUUGCAUCUGCCAUCGACGUCAACGUCGAGGCCACAUCUGAUGACACACCUUUCACUCCGGCCGCUCUCGACGAGGAUGACAUUACUUUGGAGCAAGUCGCCGAGGAGAGCCUCCUCGACGAGAGUGGUGAGAACUCUGAGCAAGACAUCGAGGAUGUUCUUGAAUACAUCGACGUUGCCGAACUCGAGGCAGUCUUGGACGAAGAUAUUAAGGAUACCGUCCUCGGCAAUGAAAGCAUGUCGGAGAUUGAUCUCAAGGACCUCGUCGAAUGUGAGCCUGUCGAGGCCGACGAGCUUCUGAUCCCUGAACUCCCUCUCAUCUUUGAGGACGACUUUGAUGCUCCCAUCUCGAGCAUUUUCGACGCCAACUUUGAGCGUCACAUGGGCAUCGACAUUACCUGGUCGGUCCCCAAGAUCAUUGAGAAAGGCGAGCUCACGCUGCGCGAGCGACUCGCCAAGGCCAAAGCGCAGUGUACCCUCCAGAACCUGUUCCUCGAGAAGUCUGCGCGCAACCUCUCGAUUAACGGCACCACUGCUCCAGUUCGAGCCGUCACCAAGGUGGCCACACGUGCAGGCGAGCCUGCAACUAUCCUGCUGUCCAAGAAUGAGACCAAGCCGACAGCCGGCACUCAGUCAGGCAGCAACGAGUCCGCUGCUCGCAACCAUUCGCGGACCGCAUCGGGAAGCAGCAAGCAGUCCAGCAAUUCCGCCGGCGAGCUCUUCGACAGCCCGCCAUGCCCCGGCACUCCGGUGACCGACUACUCUGUCACCCCUACCAAACCCGAAGUCGAAGAAGUCCUGACGCCCGUCGCUGAUCAGGCCGAAGUUCGUCAUGAUGAGGUCAAAGAUGUUGGCCCUGAAGAGACGGAAGAUGUUUGCCAUAUCGAUCCCAAGAAUCAGACGGAUGACGUCGAAGCGUUGUAUAAAGUCCUGGCCUUGUAUCCCGUCCCUGCUCACCGCAACGUUGACUUUGCCGUCCUCGAGAACGGCCAGAUCGUGUACUACUAUCACGGCCACUCUCUGAUCUCUACCUUGCGUCGAGACGAUUACGAACAGUAUGAGGCGGCGUACCCAGAUGCUCCCAAGAUGAACGAGUCUUUCUUCAAGAUCUACGACAACGAAGUCGUCGAGAUCCUGAGCGACACGAGCUCAGAAUUCAUCUCUAACCCGGACGAUGAUGACUCCUACGAAGUGGAGUCGCCGUACAAGCGGCCAUCAAACCCGGAGCCCCCGAGCCCCACCAAGGCAGUCGUCGACCGCCCGGUCAUUGUCGACUCAUCGUCGUACUCCCCGCAACGGGAAGAAAAGAAAGACGACCACGUCGCCACGCCACCCGUUGAGGAAGAAGCAGACGGAUACUACUCCGAAGACGAACUCCCUCGCGCCCCAUCUUCCCCUUACCGGCAGCGCGAGUCGUAUGACUUCUGGACGGGGCUCGACCUCUCCCCCUGGGGAACCCACUCCUACGUCACGCACAGUGGCCACAUCGCUCUGCUCAAGGAGCGCCAGAUCCAGUCCGGCAUCUGCCACGGGCUCCUCCAGCAGUGCCGCUUCGGUCUGUGGCAAUGCCCCGACCAGGUCCAGCCCACCCCUGUGCCAGGCGUGCCCGAGCUCAAGCUCACCACGCCGGAGGGCGAGGAGUUCUGGCCAGACGACUGCUUCGACCGGGUCUCGUACACGUACGAGUUCGAGUACAGCCCCGAGGACGACUGGCGGUUCGGCCACCGGUGCGGAGAGAAGUGUUAUGAGUUCUACGCCGAGUUUGGCUGGGAUGGAUAUGAUGAGCGGGCGGAGGAAGGGACCAUGGACAAGUUGCUGAUCGAUCUUGAGCAAAGCGGCGCUGACGACUGCACGCGCGCCGAAGCCAUCAUUGAGUUCUGCAUGGAUGAUGACUCGGAUGAUGAUGAGGAGGCAAUCAAGGACAUUGGGGUCAACCUUCCUCCUCCCACGAAGCCCUCGUCUUCAAAGAAGAAGGGGAAGGGUGUUGAGUCUCUCCCGCGCGCUCUGUCGGUGAUCUUCGAGGAAGAUGAUGAUGAGAAAGAAGAGAAAAACAUCAUCGACCACCACAGCAAUGACGCAUCGGAUGAUGACUCGGAUGAUGACUCGGAUGAUGACUUGGAUGUUGACUCGGAUGUUGACUCGGAUGUUGACUCUGUGAAUGAGAACGUCGUAAUCAACCUGGACCUCUUCGACACGCUCGAGAGCGCGGUGAACAAGGAGUGUGAGCGUCGGCAGAAGCAGAACGCUGCUGCUGCUGCUGCCGCCGCCGUUGUCUCUGUGCCAGCGGAGGAAGACAACAAGACUACUGAGGAGAACAAGUCCGGUGACGUCCAGAAGGAGGCGCAGCUGUUGCCGCGCUGGGUGCGCGAUCCCUUCUACAUCUCCAACAAGAACUGGGAGGACUUGAUGGACGAGGAAGAAGACGAGGCGGGCACUCAUGCUGUCGUCGCCGUCGACAAGAAGAAGGAAGAGCUGCCGCUCUGGGUGCGCGAUCCCUUCUACAUAUCUGGGAAGAACUGGGAGGACCUGAUGGAUGAGGAGGAGUAA